AUGUCCAAUACCAGCUCCAUCACCAAGUUUGUGCUCCUGGCCUUUGUGGAAUCAUGGGACCGGCAGCUCUUGCACUUCUGGCUCUUCCUGGGCAUCUACCUGGCUGCCCUCCUCAGCAACGGCCUCAUCAUCAUCACCAUAGUCUGCGACCACCACUUCCACACCCCCAUGUACUUCUUCCUCCUCAACCUUGCCAUCAUUGACCUUGGCUCCAUCUCCAACAUUCUCCCCAAAUCCAUGGCCAGUUCCCUCUGGGACUCCAGGGACAUCUCCUAUGCAGGAUGUGCUGCCCAGGUCUUUCUGUUUCUCCUCUUAGUUGGAGCAGAGUAUUGUCUUCUGACUGUCAUGGCCUAUGACCGCUAUGCUGCCAUCUGCAAACCCCUGCACUGUGGGACCCUCCUGGGCAGCAGAGCUUGUGUCCACAUGGCAGCAGCUGCCUGGGGCAGUGCUUUGCUCAAUUCCCUCCUGCACACUGCCAGUACAUUUUCCAUACCCCUCUGCAAGGGCAAUGCUGUGGAGCAGUUCUUCUGUGAAAUCCCCCAGAUCCUCAAGCUCUCCUGCUCACACUCCUACCUCAGGGAAGUUGGGCUUCUUGGGGUUACUAUUUCUUUAGGUUUUGGGUGUUUUGUUUUCAUUGUGCUGUCCUAUGUGCAGAUCUUCAGGGCUGUGCUGAGGAUCCCCUCUGAGCAGGGACGGCACAAAGCCUUUUCCACUUGCCUCCCUCACCUGGCUGUGGUCUGCCUGUUUACCUGCACUGCAGUACUUUCCUACCUGAAGCCCCCCUCCAUCUCUUCGCCAGCCCUGGAUUUGGUGGUUUCAUUCCUCUACUCAGUGGUUCCUCCAGCAGUGAACCCCCUCAUCAUGAGGAACCAGGAGCUCAUAGACACCCUGAAGAAGCUCAUUCAAUCAGCAGUAUUUCAGCAGAAAUAA